AUGUUUUUGUCGGAGUCCUCGCCGGUUGUGCAGCAGCGUUCAUCGCGAAAAUACACGACGGAGGAGGCUGUGGAUUUGCACGACACCGUCCCGCCAGACCACUGGUGCGUCACCCGGUCAGACCUGCAGUACCUGCAGAGGGAGGUGCAGAGGGCCAUUGACGUCGGUGAGAUCCAGCCACCGGAAGAUGGCUCUGACGAUUUUAAGGAUUGCGGAGAGCAGUAUGGGCCGAGCAUCUACACUGUGAACAUACAGCACAUCAUGCCAGUGACAGAGAUGGCUGGCAAGGUGAGCUGGGCCUUGAUGCGACAUCCAGAUGGCUUAGAAUGCGAGCUGUUCAUCAGCCACGCCUGGCAAGAAGGCAUUUUCGAGUUCCUGUCCAAAGUCUUGCAUUCUUGGCCCGCGGAUGUGCGGCAUGCCUGGUGCUGCAUGCUGGCUAAUCCACAAAACCUGGACAUCGGUGCCAUGCUGCAGUCUCCAGGCACUUCGCCUUUCGCACUGGCUCUCGAAGCCUCUACGUACGUCCUCGUGGUUCCAAACCGCCACUGCAGCAUCUACACGAGGCUCUGGUGCGGCUACGAAGCAUAUCGAGCCCACGAGCAGGGAAAGGUGAUCGUCAUUGCCCGAGCUUCAAACCGGCGACAGAUUUUUGCGGCGGUGAUUCGGACGAUGCUCUCCGGAUCCUUGGGGAUCCUAUCGGGUAUGUGGGCAUCGCAGAACCAAGCACAUGACUGGCAUGCCUUGCUGUUGCUCGUCGUCACCUUUGCUGCAUUUGCCAGCGCUUCCUUGGAGAACAAUCGUUGCCGCAUAAUCUUGAACAAUCUGGGCACCGCCGUCAGCUGCGCAUUGCUCCUGCAAUGGCAGGAAAUUCAUGAAGUGUUUGCGUUUGACGGCUACGCUGCGAGAGUACCAUAUAUGGAGCAACACUUCGUCAUUCUAGUUGGCGCGAGUUUCUUCAUAUUGUUGGAGGUUGACCGUGUCAACGGCAGAACCAGGACACAAGAGGCCCUUCAGCUCAGCCGUCAGUUUCAGGGCAGCAUUGCACAUGCAAAGUGUUCCAAAGCAUCCGAUGGGCACCGGAUUUUGAUGGAAAUCGGCGAGAAGAUGUCUGCAGUGGAUCAUGCGAUCCAUGUGCUCCUUGCAGCUGGGAUGUCGACUCCGACGCUUCGCGAGGUGGCUCGUGCAGGAGUCGACAUACAGAACGCAGGCCAUGCCGAAGUUGCCGUCCCUGUUUGGGCGUUUAUGACUAGCCUGGUGACUUGUGGCCAUGUGGUCUUCGACAGCGUCUACAUGGACACCCCGUGGUACUGUUUCUUCUUUGAAGGUGUCAGCUGUGUUGCUCGGUUUGCUUUGCUCGGCAUCUUGUGGCAAAGCGCCAGGGAUGAAAGAUGCUUCAUCUUAAAGAUGAUGACCAAGAUUGUCGUGCUUUACGUACUUCUUGCCAGCCCAAUGGUGUUUGUUUGGGAGUGGAGGGCAUCUGAAAUGCAUUCUCCGAGUCGAGCUUGGUUUGUCAUUCCUGCCCUGGUCUACACGUCCAUCCUCGCUCUCUCUUGUCUUGGUAUGCGUCGCGUGCUGGCCUUGCCUGGACAUGGGCAAUGCCUGCUACAACUCUUCCUGGCUCGCGGGCGCAGCAUCUUACCCAGUGCUCUUUCCUUUUGUGCCUUACGCCCCGGCUCUGACUCGGAAAGCGAAUCUGCCGCGACCUUGCUCUCCACGGACUACAGCUCGGAGUAG